AUUCAAAUUUACCUCGCUCUCGACCUUCUAUCUAUCGUCUAACACGACAUAUGCUCUCGUGUAUCGAUACUCGAAGUCGGUGACAAGUAACGAGUUAUAUAAAGCUACAAAAAUGGUGAAAAUUCUAAGGGAUAUAAUUAUUAGGGACGAUCUCCGUAAGAUAUAUGGUCAACCUUUCGGAUAUCAAGUGAAAUACUUAUGGCGUAAAGGAUGGGAAGAAAUCCCUGAAAUUAUGGUAUUUGUACCUCCUACGAUAGUGGGUUUGUUCGGAUUGGUUUGGCUUGUUCGUGCACAACUGGAAGAGGCAAAAAGGCUGCCACGGUAUUUCGAUGAUAUAACUAUUUUCAGACCCAAUGAUCCUAAAGUCGCAAGAAUCAGGACCGACGAUAGAUUGUCGAUCGAAUCCAAACAUUGAAGUAACAAAAACUGUACUUUAAAGAAAACAGUUUAUAUAUACAAUUUAAAUAGAACAUAGUAAAGUAAGUUAGCAUCGAAUGUGUACAGAUUUCAAGUUCCUUUUUAUCUUCUUUCUUGUAAAAUAAAAUAGAUUAUCGAGGAACAAGA